CCACAGAAGAAGCACUGCUGCUGGGUUAGCAGGGUUGGCCUGGCCUAGCCUUGUUGAACACCUACUCUGUCAUAUAACCUUAUGUGCUGUCGUACUGUGCAGUAGAACCGCCAACAUGUAAUUAAUCCACUGUGCGUGCUCUUAAAACACUGACACAUGCUAAAUGUCAUUAAGGGUUUGUAUCUCCUGUAGUGGACAAUGAAUAGUCACAGUAAAUGUGUUGCUUAUUCAUUACUUUAAAAAUACAUUAAACAGUACUUAGCGCCACCUUCAGACCAGGGUGAGAAGGCUACAUGCCCAAUACUCCUAGUUCCUUUUCAUUAGCUUCCACUAGUCUCUUUGUCCACAUCUCCCGCCUCCUUUGUUUUCCUCAGGUGAUUAGUUAAUCUUCCCCACCUGUGUCUUCUUAAACUUCCAUAAUCUCUUUCCACACCACACUCUCACGCCGUUUUGACCAUGUAAAACAGAGAUCACCAAGCAGCAGUGACCCCUUCAGAAGCCGUUGUCAAGGAAACUCUCCAAGGCUUACAGUCCAUCUACUCCUAGAAUCAACACCAACAAUCAGCCACAUCUGAGAAACCACAUGAGCGUCUCCAAGCCCCCGCCGCCGCCCUCCACCUCUCACCUGGCCAUCCCCCCUUCCUCCACUUCCACCUCUUCUCCUUCCUCAUCAGCUUCCUCCCCCGCAGCAACACCCCACUCCACACCUAUGCCCCCCCCUUCACCGGUCAAGAUCUCUAUGCAGGAGCACUUUGCCAUCAAUGUGUGCCCAGGUCCCAUCCUCCCAAUCCCACAGAUCUCAGACUUUUUCCCUCGAUUUCAUGAUUACCCCUGCACGCCACCGCCUCCGAGGGAGAAGAAGAUUUUGAAAGAGGAGACUUUCAAUGGGGAGACGGGUGGAGGAUACAAGGACGCAGAGAGGAGGGCGUACAACGACAGAGACAGAGAGGAGGUGGCCGACUCUGAUGAUGAUGACACCUACCUGGGAACACUGGAGUUCAGCCUGCUGUUUGAUCAGGAGAACAACUGUCUUCAUUGUACUAUUCACAAAGCAAAGGGACUGAAAGCCAUGGACUCCAAUGGAUUGGCGGAUCCAUACGUCAAACUUCAUCUUCUGCCCGGGGCUAGCAAGGCAAACAAGCUAAGGACAAAAACCCUGAAGAAUACAUUAAACCCAGUGUGGAAUGAGACACUGGUGUACCAUGGCAUCACAGCAGCUGACAUGACUACCAAAACGCUCAGGUUGUGUGUCUGUGACAUGGACAGGCUGGGAAGGAAUGAAUUCAUCGGAGAGGUCAGAGUGGCGCUGAAGAAACUGAAGGAAGGAGAGAGCAAACGCUACAAUAUGGGUUUGGAGAGAAUUGCACAGAAUAAAGAAACCAACAGCCAGGCAGUGGAGCAGGGAGCAGUGGUGGCGGAGGAGGAGCGCGGCCGUAUCCUGGUGUCAUUGUGCUACAACACAGAGAAAGGUUGUCUGCUCGUUGGCAUUAUACGCUGCGCUCAUCUGGCUGCCAUGGACUCUAACGGCUACUCUGAUCCCUUUGUCAAAAUAAUCUUGCAGCCAGAUAUGGGGAAAAAGUCCAAGUACAAGACGACAGUGAAGAAAAAGACUCUCAACCCUGAGUUUAAUGAGGAGUUUUCAUAUGACGUAUCACUGGACCAGCUGGCGAAGAAAACCCUGGAGAUCUCUGUGUGGGAUUAUGACUUGGGACUGAGCAACGACUUCAUAGGUAGGCAGAUACAGAGACAGGGCUGUGGCUCAGAGGAAAUGAUAAAGAAACUCAUCUGUGGCGCGAUCAAGACGCGAUCUGAGUGACUGUACAGACGUGUUUUAACGGAAGCACUGAAACUGCGGAGAGCACGACGGUGGGCUGAAAGUGGGUUGAAUGGAGCAGUUAAAUGAAUGCACAGAUGACGGGGUAAUUAUAAGGAUUGAGGAGAACGACUGAGCAAAUAUAGGAGCGGCUCCAUGAAGUGGUGCCGGAAAUGCAAAUGGUUGAGAUAUAAAAGUAAAGAAAUCUAAAUGCUUGUCCUCAAAUGUCUCGGCACAUCAGCUCACUGCUGCUUUAUCUCUCCGCUAAACAGCUCAGACGUGGCCUUGUGAUCAUAUUACAGCAGUGGGGCAAAUGGGGAUGCACAGUGAGAGUGAAUUAUCACCCUGUAAGCCCUAAAAGACCUUCAGAUCAAGGUGUUUUACUCUGUCUCAUGUGUGUACUCACAUGUGUGUGUGUGAGGCGGUCGGUGGGGCGGAGGUAGCCCCCCGGUGUUUUGAUAAGCCCAGUGAGUUAUUAGCCCUGCCAGGGGAAAAGGCCAUCAGUCGAACUUAGUGUCCCAGAUAAACGCUGUUCCCCUGACCAUUAUCAUCACAGCUUUGGCUGCAGCGGUGUGUCAGUGGUUUUAAUUUAGGUUCCGCAAACAAUGAAAAAUGAGAAGAAACAGACCAAAAAGAGGCUGAGUCAGCACUGUAUCACUGCUCUAAUGUGGGGGAAAUAUCCUGUGGAGUAACCAGAAAGCACGUCUGCCUUGCGAGCAGUCAGUCAUGGUUUCGAUUCCCUGAGGAACCACAUACCUUGCGCCUCCAAAAUUGUGUGAUUUAUACACAAAAUGCAGUGUUUCCCCUGAACUGAAGCUAAACCGCUGAAUAUCAUAUUCUCUGUCUAACGACUUCCCCAAAGGAACAUCUUUUGAAGUAAAUUCUAAUUUAAAGAUAAGAUUCAACUGCUGAUGAACGAGGCAGUAAGACCAGAACAGCAGGCUUUUGAUGAAACUUUAAUCUAACGGGCACAAGGCCAAAACAAAUUUCCAUUCUUAAGUUCUCAAAAGGAUCAUAUGAAUGACUAACCCAGUUUGGCCAUCACUGCUGAUCUUUGCUGGCAGUUUCUAUAUCUAUGUCUGUAACAUAUACAUAUUUAUAUAUAAAUAUUUGACCUGCCCUCGACGUAUAUCAAAGAGCUUCACAACCCUGUUACAGGUUCAGUGCUUUUCCUUCUUCUUCUUCUUCUUCUUCUUCUCAGGCUCUGCAGUUUUAGAGAGGCUCUGUGCCAAUCUACCAAUCACAGUUAGGCCCUUGCCACACUUGCUGAAAUCCUCAUAUUUACCACCCACUAACAGGUGCCCUGAUACACAGAUAAUCAUUGUUCUUGACUUCACUAGCCAGUGGUCAUGCUGUUAUAGCUGCAACUGCAGAGAUUCUAGGCUGGUACAUGAUGAGGAUUUUUUUUCUUCUCUUCUCAUAGUGAUUUCUAGUGCCUGCACUUUGUUGUUGAGUGACCUCCCACUGUGGUGAUUUACACAAACGUCUGAUUCAGGUACCGUUCGGUUUAAUAUGAUAUGAUGUGACCAGCAGAGUCACAAUAGUGAUGCCUUCAGGGCUGUUGUUCUGCUAGACACCCAGACACAGUAUCUGCUUGCAUUGACAACUUAGUGUGCAACAGUGAUGUGGAGCAACACUACAGACAGAGUCAAUAGAGGAAGUGCCUGCCUCUCUCCUCCUGCCUUCUCCCAGGGCUGUGACUCCUCAGUCGUGCCCUGCCCCACACUGCAUUUCUGACUGUUCAUUUGUCAGAGGAAACCUAGACACUCCAGUAACACUGUAUUGAUUUUCAUAUGCUUCUUUUGAGGUGUGUAGGAACCCAACCCUGUCCACACAUUUGGACUUGUUUAAAUCUGUGUAAUCAUGUCUUCACUGUGUCCUUUUACACAUGAUGUUAUACUGAUGGUAGCAAAAUGGUCUUCCAGUUACUUUUUGCAUUUCAAACACCAUCAACCAGUCC